AUGAGUCCGUGUGCUUGGUAUGGCAUCUCUUGCAAUCAGGCAGGGAGCAUAAUCGGGAUAAAUCUCACCAGUGCUUAUGUUGAAGGUACGCUCGACAAAUUCCCAUUCUCAUCUUUGUCUCAUCUAACAUACAUGGACCUGGGUAUAAAUAGUCUCUCUGGCCAUAUUCCGCCUCAAAUCGGUCUCUUGAGCAAUCUCACCUAUCUUGACCUCUCUAUCAAUCGGUUCAUGGGGAAUAUACCCCCGGAGAUCGGCCAUCUAACGAAACUCAAGGUCAUGCACUUAGUUUCCAAUGAGUUAAAUGGAUCCAUUCCCCAAGAAAUCGGACAAUUGCAUUUGCUCAAUGAGGUUGCGCUAUAUUCGAACCAAUUGAAUGGACCCAUACCUUCCUCAUUAGGUAAUUUGAGCAAAUUGGCUAUACUGUAUGUCUACAACAACUCCCUUUCUGGUUCUAUUCCUCCUGAAAUGGGAAAUAUGACAAAUUUGGAAGUGCUCCACAUGGACAACAACUUCCUAACAGGACCAAUUCCUUCCACUUUGGGGAACUUAACCAAAUUGACAAAGCUGAACCUAUUUGCUAAUGAGCUUACUGGUUCCAUCCCACUGGAGCUAGGGAAUUUGAAUCGUCUUAAUGAGUUGAGCCUUAAUGAUAAUAAUCUUAUGGGUUCAAUCCCACCAACAUUAGGCAAUUUGAUGGAGCUUACCUCUCUUUAUCUCUACGGUAAUAACCUUUCCGGUCACAUUCCUAAUGAAAUGGGAAAUCUCCACGCUAUGCUUGACUUAGAGCUAAGUACAAAUCAGCUCACCGGCCCAAUUCCUUCUUCUUUGGGUAACUUGACCUACCUAACAUCUUUGUUUCUCCGUGACAAUCACCUUUUUGGUUCAAUUCCUAGAUCCUUAGGGGAUCUAGUGAACUUGGAGGUGUUGCAAUUGGAUACCAACCACUUAAGCGGCUUCUUACCAGAGAAUCUAUGCCAAAAUGGGUUGCUCCAAAACCUUACGGUGAGUGACAACAACUUAACUGGUUCUAUCCCUAUAAGCUUGAGAAAUUGCACAAGCUUAGUCAGAGCACGCUUUGAGGAAAACCAGCUCACUGGAAACAUAUCCGAGACCUUCGGUGUCUACCCCAACCUAACCUUUAUUGACAUGAGUUUCAACAAGUUCUAUGGAGAAAUCUCAACAAACUGGGGAAGUUGCAUGCGUUUAAGGGAUCUAAGAAUUGCGGGAAAUAACAUCACUGGUAGCUUGCCUCCAGAGAUUGGAAACGCAACUCAACUAGGGUGCAAUUGA